GUAAUUUGGAGUGGAGAUGAAGAGUGAACAGUGCAUUUUAUACAUAUUAAAAUCUAAAUAGAUACAAUUUGGUGCUUUUAUACAUUACAGUUUGUGAUAUUCAACCCUUUGAACAUGACUACGAAAUCAAUUAGUCUCAAAAUUCCCGAACAUUUGAACUCAGAGUUUUUCUCGGAAGCACUGAAUCACGGACUUAAUACCAAAGAUGUUAAAAUCUUGAAGUUAGAUUUCUCUUUAGGUAGUGCUGCCGGUGAUAACUACCUGAGUAAUAUCUAUCGAGUCGUAGUCACAUAUACGCUGCAGGACUCCUGCCCUAAGGAAGUGUUCCUAAUUGCUAAAUGUAUACUGGACGCGAAAAAUCCGAACAGUGUUUUCACUGAAAUAAAUGUUUUCAAUAAGGAGAACUACAUGUACUUAACUAUUUUACCGCAACUAGAAGACAUCUUGGUUGGAGUUAAGCUUGUUCCACAAUGUUAUUAUGCACCAGAGAGCCCAGCUCCAACAUUUGUGUUUGAGGAUAUGAGAGCAGCUGGAUUUAGCAUUUCGGACCGAGUCAAUGGAUUAAAUGAACAACAUUGUAAGGUAGCAUUGUACAAGUUGGGCCAAUACCAUGCUGCCUCCAUUUUACUUCUGCAGAAGAAUCCAUCAAUUCGAGAUUCACCUGCAUUGCAGCGAGGGAUAUUCUCCUCAGUAACCUUGAAAAAAGAAAGGUUGCAACAAUUUGUCAAACAGAAUCUAGACUCCUUUGCCGAUCAUAUUUCCAAUACACAGGAAUACGAAAAUAUUGUUGGAAAACUGAGAAACCUUGACAUUAAGAAAUUUAUAGAACGGGUUAUGGAAGCUACUCAGUUAUCAAACGGAGAUAUCUUAGUUCUAAGUCAUGGCGAUAUGUGGGUCAAUAAUCUUAUGUUCAAGUAUGAAGAAAGUAAUCCAACCGAUGUUGUUAUGAUUGAUUUCCAGGGAAGUGCAUUUGUUAGUCUGGGCCUGGAUAUAAACUAUUUUUUUGCUACGAGCCCAUCGCCUCAUGUGCUAAUGAACAAGAAGGAGGAACUAAUCGAGAAAGCAUACUUCUUGGGCUUGAAAGAUACCCUAGAAAAGCAUGCAUUUAAAAUGAUUCCAAGCUUGAGCGACAUCACGAAGGAAAUUGAAAAGAAGGAAAUAUACGAACUGUUUUGUUCAGCAAGUAUCCUGCCAGUCGUUUCAAUGAGCAAAGAUGAUUCUGCAGAAAUGUCCACUGAAAGAAUUCGAGAGGGGAAGAUUAAACCCAGUCAAUUUGCUACAAAACGGUUUCUGGAAGCAAUGAAAAUUUCAAUUAAGAAAUAUGAUGAGCAUGGAUUAUUGAGCACCGAAUAUAUAAGUAGUCCAAAUUAAUUUUUGAAUGGAAAAUUAUAAUGAAAGUAAAUGUGAACAAAUAAACUCAGGCAAAAAUAAUUCAGAUUGCUGAAGUAGAUUCUAUCCUAUCAAAGAAGAAAUAAAAUUUACUUCUACGUUCA